UUUGCAAAAUCCAUUGAUGCUUACAUAAUAUGUCAUAACUGCAAUCCCCAGAUUUAAAACUGUUUUGCAGAUUCAUAUACACUGCAGUGAACAUAAAUCCUUGUUUUGGGAUUGGGUCCAAACCGAGGUCCAUUUCCACUGAUAAGGUCAUGUCUCGGGGUUGGCCAUUUUUAAGCUCAUAAUCCGUCUCUAAUCAGAAAUAUUCAAUGUCCACAGCUCAUAUGAAAUGUACUGAAAUCACUGGCUUGUUGGUCUUUGCAGUUGCAGGGAACAGUCUUAUCAAUUUCUACAAAAUGAAUGGUGUGCUACUGCUGCUGGUCAUCCUGGGAGACUCCACAAUGGGGUUUAAAUUGUGUCCCAGCCAUUGUCUGUGUUACGAGUUGUCGGAUUUGGUGGAUUGUAAGUCGCGGGGGCUGACCAUUGUCCCUCCUGGAAUACCGCACGGGACAUGGCUCCUGGAUCUGAGCGGGAACAAGAUGACCCAAGUGCGCAACCGCUCCUUCAGAGGACUGUGGUCGCUCAAAAUCCUGCUCAUUUCUAAUAACAGCAUCCACAGUCUACAACCACAGUCCCUGUCAUCUCUGGAGUUCCUGGAGCGGUUAGACUUGAGUUACAACCGUCUCAAAAGACUUCCUCCAGACUUUUCUCACAAACUACUUUCGCUCAAAGAACUCCGUCUUGACCACAACUUCCUGCGCCUCCUGGACCCCACCUCUCUGCAAGACCUGGAAAACCUACGCAAACUGGACCUGAGUUACAACCAGAUUAUAUCUUUGGAUGUCCAAUUGUUCCACAGCCUAUCCCAUCUCAACUAUCUCAGCUUGGAAGGAAAUAAACUUAACACUCUUAUAGAUGAUUUGUUGAGUCGCCAGCAGAACCUCCAAAUCCUACAUCUUGGCCACAAUAACAUAACAGUAAUAGAGAAUCAAGCAUUUACCCCAUUGAGAAGUCUAACCUUGCUUAGUUUACAUGGCAACCAACUAGUUCACAUUCGUUUUAAGACAUUUUUAGAGCUGCAAACUACUAACACGCACUUACAACUGGCCUCAAAUCCCUGGACGUGCGAUUGUGAGCUGCAGAGAGUUUUUGGCAAGAUCCAGCACGUGAAGCAUUUGCACGUUGUAGAUUAUAAAGACAUAAUCUGCCGCGCGCCCCCUCAGUUGGCAGGGAGUUUACUAGCCUCUAUGGACAGCCAAUUGUGCAUGGCAGAAACUGUGUCCGUUUUGGUUAUUACUAUUACAGUCCUCCUGGCUGUUAUUGGCGCACUGGUGAAAGCUGAACGCAAUCAGAAGAACAAGCAAAGCCAGAAUGAAGCAGACGAAGAUAAACAUAAUAAGUGA